GGUGCUUCACUGAGGAGUUAAGCGUAAACUUUGAAUAAGGUGACGUUGUGACAAGUGGUUGAUCUUUUUUUUCUCACAUGGAAAAAGAUAUAUAAAGUCUUGUCUGCGCACAUAUUUAACUCUCCUUUCUACUCAUACGCACCCAUACAAGAUAGUCAAACUCCGACAUGUUAUUAGUAUCCCCCAUCCGCGCGACUGGUCUUGCAGUCCUCGUGGGCUCAAGUCAGGCAGUUGCUUCCCAAAUUUCUUCCCCUUCCAAUCAAACUUCAGUCGGAUUGUCUGAAGAGAAUAAAACUCUUUUUGGUCAUUACGAUACCAUAACUCACCUUAUGAGCAAUCUCCAUGGCAGGAUUGGCAUCAACGAUGACGCCACGAAGAAUUUUCAGCUUGGUAGACAAGAGCCACAUUUUAUCGACCCCAAGGACCUCAAAAUCGUAGCAGUAUACGAUCUCAGCAAGUACAACGAGGCAGAUUGGGUAAGAAUCAAUGAACAAGAAGUCGUUCUGCAGUGCGGCAGUGUCAAUACCGCAACUACUGGAGAAGAUUGGGCUCUUAUGCAACGCUGCACCAAAGAAGAGGUUGCUAUCCGUCGAUUGAUGGCCACAUUCAAUGACGAAGGCCAUGAAUUUGUUGUGUCAACCCCUGUUCUUAGACAAGCAUCUACAACCCGCGAAGGCACCCACCGAUGCAUUAAAGGCUCUUGCCCAAAAGGUCCCCUGGCACUCGCAAUUCCUACCUCUGCAACAAUGCUUUCAAACCGCGCAGUUGCUGCAUCAACUAUUCGCAGUAGUUUCUCUCAGCCGACUGUAAAACAUAGUGGUAGUGGUCUCAACGAACCGAUUGAGACUGCAUCACAGACUACCGACCAUCUCCAGGCGCAGAAUACACCACAAAUUGGUAGCGUCACACAAUCGACAAUUCCUAUGACGAUUACACGUGCUUCAAGUUUAGAAGAUUUAUCUCCAAAAUCUCCAAUCGAAAACGAAGUCAUCGAGGCAACAACCGAGGACCUUCCAUGGCCGGAAGACCUCCCAGCUGGUCGUUGGCUGGCCAAACGAAAAGUAGAUCCGAUGGUCAGCGUUAAGAGACCCGAAUGCGUUCCUCCACCAGAUGAUUUCGUUUUGUCGGGAAAGGUCAAAACAGUUAGCCGUAAUCCACGCAAGACUUCGUAUACUACUAUUGAAUACUGGGGUUAUACUUCGACUGCGAUUAUCCCUCCCGAUCCUAACCGCCCGCCACCAAAGCCAUCUGUUAUAACACCAUCUUGGGUAACAGCUUCGUUCUUCCAAACAUGGUCUUGCCGCAAAAUCUGGAUGCAAUAUUUCAAUAUGGAUUAUGUUCGGAAGAGAGAUAUUGUAGAGAGAGUCUUGGAUGAUUUGCAAGCUGCUGCUCGCAAGUAAUAGGAAGAUGUGGCUUGGUUGAAGUACUCGGGAAAUAGGAACUGGGAUGAAGUUACAAGGCACCUGUUUGGGUAUCAAUAGAAUCAGGGAAUAAGAUUGGUUAAGGGACUUUGUUCGAGUCAAGAUCUGGAGAUAGGUCUAAGUAUAAAGGGCAGCAAAGUAUGAUAGUACUCGGGUUGCCAUUCUGCAAUACAUCAGACUUAUAUAGAUAGAUAGAAUAAUUCUACAAUUCUGCUGUUACA